AUGGCUACACCAAAACCCAAAAUUCCUCUGUUUUUCAUCUUUCUUCUAACCCAAGCAACCUCCCCUGUUUUUUGUUCUUCUUCUUCUUCCCCUGCAUCGUCCAAAUGCUCAACCCACACCUUCCCCCAAAACAGAGUCUUCCCAUCAUGCGUUGACCUCCCAUACCUCGACUCCUUCCUCCACUGGGACUACGACCCAUCCACCGGAAUCCUCCGAAUCGCCUACCGCCACGCCGGAAUCACCUCCCCUGCAUCCACGUGGGUCGCCUGGGCCAUCAACCCUUCCGCCCCUGCCAUGAUCGGCUCCCAAGCUCUCGUAGCGUACCACCGCGACGGCAAGCUCACCGCCUACACUUCCCCUGUCUACGACUACUCCACGUCGCUGAUCGAGGCCAAGCUCAGCGUCGAUGUCAGGGACGUUACGGCGGAGUAUUCGUCCGAUGACCGAGAGAUCGCCAUCUUUGCCUACAUUCGGCUGAAGGAGAACACGACGACUCUGAAUCACGUUUGGCAGGACGGGCCGAUGGAUGGGGACAAGCCCAUUCAGCACUCGACGAGUGGGGGUAAUUUGAAAUCGGCGGGGACUCUGAAUCUUCUGUCCGGACAAUCUGCGGGCGGCGGCGGCGGUGGUGAUGAUCGGAUCAAGAAGCGAAAUGUGGGUACUAGCAAUGCUGCGGAGCUCUGUUUUUUCGGUUAUGGGUUCUUGUUGGUGUUUUCAUUUCUUGUUGGGACUUCUUGA